AUGGCCUACGACCGACUCUCCAGCCUCGAGGCCGGCCAGACCGGCGGCGGCUACAGCGACGACCCUGCGUUCCAAGACCUGCAGUACGAGUUGAAGAACAAACUGCAGUCCCUGCUAAGCAAUAACCGCAAGCUUGCCAACGAUGUCAACGUUUUGGGGACCAAGAAAGAUACCCCUCGCUUGCGGGAGCGGGUUCACAAUACAAUGGAGAAGUCCCGGGAGAUUUGCAAGGACAUUGGCGAUGGCGUGAAGAAGUUGCAGACAUGGGAGGACCUUACCGUCUCGAGCGAUUUUCAGACUGCCCUCCAAGAGUUCCAGGGUUUGCAGAGGAAGGCCUUGGAAAAAGAGCGCGCGUCCAUCACUGCAGCCCGCGAGGCGCAGGCAUCAGAAAUUGCGGGCGCUGGGGGAGAGGAGCAGCUACAACUUCAACAGCAGCAGCAGCUGUCGCAACUAGCCCCACAGGACGAGGUGGAUUUCCAAGAAGCCUUAAUCAUCGAACGAGAAGAGGAAAUUCGAAACAUCGAGCAGGGUGUCGGCGACUUGAACGUGCUAUUCAAGCAGGUGGCGCAGAUUGUUACCGAGCAGGGCCAGCAACUCAUCACAAUCUCCGAUACCGUUGAGAAUAUCCACGAAAGCACUCGCGGCGCCGAUGUAGAGACUCGUCAAGCAGCUCGAUACCAAAAGGCGGCUCGCAACAAGGGCUGUUGCUUGCUGCUCAUCUUGGCCAUCAUUUUAACCAUUGUUCUUUUGGCGAUUUUUGUUGGCUGA